GGGGAGGAGAAGCCGCGUCCCCGCUGGGGGAAGGUUCUAUUGGGAGGCGUGGCGCGCGUGCGGGCGCGAGGGUGGGGCUCGCGCUGAGUGUUGCAGGAGCUGGAGUUUGCAGCCGAAGCAGCGCUAGCAGUAAAGGGGUGCUGCAGAGAGGGGACGCACCUGUCCCGUCUCUGGCUGGGUCCCAUCCUCAAUGCUGCCAUCUCACCUGGGUGGCUCUUAAGGUUCCUAGUGUUUGGCAGCCCCCAGCUUUCCAACAUCUCUGUGCACAAUCUAUUAACCUAAAUAACAGGGAAUCUGGUGUCUUUGGUAACAAGAGGGAGGCUCUGCUGACAUGUGCUCCCCUGUGGCCGGUUCUAAGAUUCUCUAUCGGAACUCCCGCCUCCUGCGCGUGGCGUUCCUGCAGCUCCAUCGCCAGCAGAGGGCAGAUGUAUUCUGUGACGUCAUCCUGCAGGCAGAAGGAGAAGCUGUACCAGCUCACUGCUGCAUUCUCUCCGCCUGCAGCCCCUUCUUCAUGGAGUGCCUGGAGAGGCAAAUGCCCUCCAAGGAGUGCAAAGUGGUGCUGGAGCUGCGGGGUCUGAAGAUCGGGACUCUGCGGAAGCUGGUGGAUUUCCUAUACACCUCGGAGAUGGAAGUGUCCCGGGAGGAGGCCCGAGAUGUCCUGGCUGCUGCCCGGCAGUUCCAAGUGGCAGAAUUGGAGUCGCUGCAGCUGGAGGGUGGGAAGCUAGUGAAACAGGUGCUGGGUCGGCGUUUGAACCGGAAGUGCCUGCAGCCGCCCUGCCUGGCUCCUAUCUCUGCUAGGGUUGUGCCGCAAGCCUGCCCUUCUGCUCCCACUAUCCCACGGACAUUCCACCCCCUGAUGGCAGGCAAGCAAUGUACAGCAAAGCCCCAAGGGGAUGGCGGGGUACAUGCCAGCAGCACCAUUAGUCAAGCGGAGAGUGCCAAGUAUUGGGCAGCUGUAGUACCUCAGAACGGGGGAGCCCAGUCGGGGAUGCAGGGUGCGGUGGCUCCCGUGCAGCCAGUGGAGACUGGGAACGUGAGAACCAAGAGCCACUCCUUGGGCUUAGACAGGAGCCUUGGUGUGAGGAGCACACUGGGCAAGGCUGAAGGAUCACAGGGUGAGAGGAGCACUGAGCAGGCCUUUCCCAGCAAGGGCUGCACCACAGACUGCUCACCACUGCCAAGAAAGAUCAAGCUCAGCCGCCUGAAACUGCCGCCUCCCCCCAGUGCCUGUGCCACCAAGGCACCCCCCACUGUAGCACCUGGCAAGACCCCCGCGUCCAUCCGGCGUCUCUGGCGACAGAAGACCCCAGGUUGGGAUGAAGUAGGUGGGCCAGAGCAGGCCAGCCCCUCUUGCCAUGGCGGGAGCCUCCCUGUGCCUCCAAAGACAAGCAACAGGAAGCGCAGCUCUAGCGCAUCGGCUUCUGGCUCAGACACUGCCCCAGAGGAGGGGCUUGUGGGUAGCGUGAAGCUCAGGAAGGUCGUCAAUGGGAGUUGCUGGGAGGUGGUACAAGAGCCAUCAGCCAGGGAGCCCAAGGGAGUCCCAGUGACGAUGGGAGAGACAGGCACCUCCCAUGUGGCUUCCCCACCCAGCUCCAGACCGCACAAGUUUACGCACUGGCCAGAGCUGCCAGGGACAUGGGCAGCCAGCUCCACUGAGUUGCUAGCUGGAAGGUUGGAGGCUGUGCUGCUUCCUGAGCAGGUGACAGUAGAACAGGGGCCUUCAGAUGGGAGAGAAGGCUGCAGGGACCCUUAUGAGCUGGACAUGGCGGCAUUGGAGCCCUUGAGUGAGAAUGAGGAGUUUGGGGACUCAGCGCCGCUGGAGCAAAUGCUGGACCUGCUGCUAUCAGGCAGUGGCGUGGAGGGCCUGGGCACUGCUGGGCCAGGAGGGACAGCAGGCUGUGCCCCUUCCACGGGCCCAUCACAUGGGCCAAAUAUGACACCCGUGGGUGCUGCUGCAGCAGGUGAGGAGGAGUGGCAUCCCCCAGAGGUGCAGUUGUGGCCAGAGUGGGAUGACCCAGGAAAGGGGCCGCUGCCAGGAUGGGAGGUGGGGGGUGGUCACUCUGCCCUUAGCACUGCAGAUGGGGAUCCCCUGGGGAAGCCUGUGGGUGGCCAUCUUGUACCCAGAAGGGUUCUCUCUAGCCGUCACCACCCCACCUCGUUCAGCCCAGUGCCUCUGGCUCCUGCCAGCCCCCAGACUCCUCAGCACCCUUCGCUGACAGUUGGCAGCAGGGAGGCUCAGUUGGGCCCAUUGCCCCAUGUCCCUACGGAAGAUGGCAUGGGGAAAGGGCAGGGACCCUGCACUACCCAGGCUGCUAGGAUGGAGACAAAACUUCAGCUUCAGGCACCCUGGGGGCUGCUCCGAAGCAGCCCAAAGCAUGGCUCUUUGGACCAUCAGCCCCACGACAGUCCGGAGGGCGACGAGAUUGACAUCAUGGUCGGCGCUGAGGAGGCACUGGUAACUGCUGGCAUCACCUGCGUCAGGCCUGACCCCUCCUCCGAGUCUGAUGAAGAGGUGGACAUUCUGAACUAGUGGCCACCAGGCCUGGUCUAUAGCGGAGGGGGAGGGAGUCUAGCCUAUGGGAGCCAUCACAGCCAGCUGGCCACUGAGAUGUAGCUGCCAUAGGUGAGACUGACUGUGGAAAGCUGCUAGUAACAAAAUGAAUCAGGUUGUUGGAAUGGGGAGCUCUGCAGACCCUGACAGUGGGAAGAGCUCUCCCACCGCUAAAGGGCUCUGCAAAUGGGGGACAGGGAUCAGUUGGAGGGCACAGCUGGGGUGAAGCCAGGAUGGAGGAGCAGCAUUCUUUCCCCUACCCUCCCAUUAAUUCUGGAAUGGGGCUGAGUCACACACAGGGAGGUCACUGAGAUUUAAACCAAUGCGCUGGUCAAGUGAUGACGCAGUAGGACUGAGAAUGGCGUGGCCCCAGUGUUACCUACUUUGUUGCUGGAGCUCUGCUGACCUCUGUGGUUGAAUAAUCUUAACGCUGCUUCAGUUCCUCUGAGCAGCCUGUGUUUAGAGGAGAGGAGGCUGGAAAGAGAACAGCCCUUCCCAGUCAUCUGGAGCUUCCCCUCUGCCUGUGCUGGGACAGAGGGCUGCACAUGUUGAAGAAGCCUUUCUUGCUGUCACAGCCACUAUCAGACCCACUGAUAUUUUGCUGAUGUACAAGGUAGAGAUGUGUGGGUGCAGAGAAAGAAGGGAAUGAAUCAAAUGGUGGAAAUAUCAAUUGGGGGUGGUAGCCAGCACCCCUGCACGUUGUAGAGUCUCUUUAAAGGUGACGCUAACAGUACUCUCUCACAGGUGCUAUCAGCUAACACUCCCACCUCCCAGUGCUAGGACCCAGGAUAGGCCUUGCCUAAUUGUCUUAAGUUUCUUUCCUGCCCAUGUUGUGCAUUUAGCUUAAGCUUUUUCCUCUACAUUUAUGUACAUAAACAUCUUAACCUUCCUAAGCCUGGCCCUGGGGGGACAGGCCACAGAUGCUGGUGGAGCACCAUUAGGAGCUCCUAAGGCUGCAGCCAGGACUCUAGUUUUGCAAAAUAUCUGGCCAGAAGUGGUACCAGCCUACCUGCCUCAGCUAUGGAGUCAUGGCUAUCUCAGGAGCAAACUCCACUCCUGCCUGGCAACGUAAAAGCACAGGCCACCGUCCCUCAUUUCCCAUUAUCACAUUGCUGCCCCAUUAACCUGUUGUGCAUCUCGUCCAGAGUUGAUGGUCUCCUGUUAUGAUCCCACUGCCCUCCACAGCACAUGUAUCCCUCCACUGACAAAGAACACCAGCUCCAUAGUUACUUAGUCCUCAUCUUCAUGUAUCACUGUCCUAAUGAGAACAUCUGUUACCCUUAACAUCCACAUAUAUUUUCACCCCCCACCCCCUCUUGGGAACCAUGUGAGCUUUGUGCCAUGCUCCCUCCACUUCUCUCACUGCAGGGAUUGGCCACCUGCUCCAGCAGCCCCUUAGGCAAUGGAAAAUAAAGGUGAAAGCAAGGAGAGCCUGGAGUGUGAGAGGGUGGGGCUUGUUUGAAAUAAAGAGUUUGUUGGA